AUGAGAAAUUAUUAUUUGUUGUUAUUUACGGCAGCGUUAGCGUAUGCAAAUGUGAAUCAGCAGCCACAAGAUAUCACUAGGAAUGGAGCUGUCAAAGAAGGAAAUCACUUAAGGGUAGACUUAAAUGACACAUCAUCAGAUGAGCUUAUGGAAAAAUGGUUGUCGCAAGCCUUCUCCGGAUUGAUGGCUGCUGUUGCCUCGAAGAAAAUCUCCAAAGUGUCAGCAGAGCAUCAGGAGAUGAUCCAAAAAUGUUCCAAGGAAGCUAAAGACGUCCCAUCCCACGCAAAAUGUAUUGUUCAAUUGAUGGACGCUGAGAAGACAAUUCCAGCGGUCAAGCCAACAAAACCAUACCAGAAGACUAUCAAGACGACUACCGAAGAGCCAAAAGAGAAUUUGGAAUGGAUUGGAUCGUUUGGAACCGCCCGUGCCAAGAGAUCCGCUGGAUUCAAGGUCGUGCAAAGAGAGAAUUAUCAAUUGAAAACUCAAGAUGACAAGGAUGACCUGACUAAACUUGCUCAAUCAAUGACCAGCACUCUCAGAGUUUUCAAAAAUAAAACAGGAAAGAGAGAACCAUGGGUUGAAGCUGUUCAAAGAAUCAAGAAGUUGGGAGAAGAAGCUAAGCAGGAGAAGAAGAACCGCGAGAUUAUGAAGAAGAGACUGAAGCAGAUGAUCGACAAUACUCCAGCCGAGUUUAUUGAUCCACGAAAGCCAGUUGCUUUGAAGCAGGCCGAGAUGGAAGAUGAGCAAACCGAAAUCACAAAGAUGAUGCGCAAAAAGGAGAAGGAAGAGAUUCGUGUGCCACUGAAGUUUCUCAGAGAAGCAGUCAAGACCGCUAUGAUGCUCGGAGGACAAAAUGUGACUGAUUUUGAUCAAAAGACUUUGAAGAUGGUCUCUCCAAGACUUAUGUCGAUUGUUCCAGAACAAGAGGAUGACAGUUUGUUCAACCUGCUAUCCCCAUCUCUGUUCUCUCUUCACGACGAGGGAGAAGGUAUUGAGAAGCUCACCUCUCUUCCACAUUUGUUGAAAAAACUGGAUAGCAACGGACAGAAUGCCUGGUUGGAUUUCAUCGUGGAGGCAUCUGAAAUCGAUGAGCAAAUGGAUACGUUCGAGAAGAAGUUCAGAGAGAAGAAGGAAAAAGAAUUGAGAGGUCCAGAUGGAGUGCCACUUUACUUCACUAAAGAAAACGCCACUAAAAUCAUCGGAGAAGAGGAGAAGACCAAAAUCGAAGUGUUCGAAUAUCUGGACAGAAACUACAAUGAGGAGCAGAAGAAGAAGUUGAACGAGGAUGGAUUCGCCUUUUUGACACCUCAUCAGAUGGAGAAGCUCUACGGAAAGGGAUCCCCAUACAAUAGUACCAAGGCUCUUAAGAAGUUCAAGAGGCUCAGAGAUGACCCAGAGAGAUACAUUGAGAAGGACAUCCGUGCCCUCGCCGAAGCCGAGAAAUUCAAGGUUGCUCGUCGUGCUGACAUCGUCGGAUCUCCAUUCAUCCUCACGCCACUCACCUUCGCUUCCGUCCCACUCUCCAACAAAUUCAUCGUUCUCUCCCCACUCGUCCUCUCCCCAAUCACCCUCUCCCCAGCCGUCCUCGGACCCAUCAUCCUAUCUCCCUGGGUGUUCGUUCCACUCGUCUUAUCUCCUCGUGUUCUCUCUCCACUGAUUCUCAAUCCAUUGGUGUUCUCUCCAAUCGUCCUCUCGCCACUGGUCCUCCAUCCGCUCAUUCUUGUACCAGGAGUCUUCAAUCCAGUCAUUCUGUCUCCACUCCUCCUGUCUCCUCUGAUCCUCUCCCCACAAGUCUUCUCCCCACUCAUUUUGUCUCCAUUCGCUUUGAAUCCUCUUAUCCUGACUCCUAUGGUCGGAUCUCCACUGAUCCUCUCUCCAUUCGUCCUCUCUCCAAUCAUCCUGUCUCCACAGGCACUGUUCGCCGUCGUCUUGUCCCCAUAUGCCUUGUCGCCAUUGGUAGAGUCCAAGCUUAUUGCAGCUGAGGUCGUUUUGUCUCCUUCAUGGCUCUCGUAG